CGACCAACGACACGAAGAAAGCCUCGGUCGAGAUGUCGAAUGACGAGAAGAAGGCUGCAACAGUGCAGAAUGCCGAAGAUGAUGAUGACCCCGAUGACUGGGACAAGAGAAUCUUCAGCACAGGCUGUUCAGAGGAAAAUGCGAAACUGACAGACUGUUACUACGAGAAGAAGGACUGGAGAGUAUGCAAGAAAGAAAUGGAGAUUUUCCGACGGUGUUGGAAGGCACACGGGAAUGACAAGAGGACUGGUAUGAAGGAUGCAUGAUGCUGGGUCAUGGUUGUGUCGAUUUUCCAUCUUCUACUGUAUAUUUCCACUUAGGAUUUCAAUGCACUAUUUAUGUAUACUUAAAACACAGUGAAAAGUCAAAGUCUCCUCAAAUCGAUCACAAGUUGGACCUGAA